CCGAAUGACAUCUGGCAGAUGGAUGUCACCCAUUGGGGGCGCGACUGCGUCCAUGUCUCCGUGGACACUCACUCCGGAUUCCUGAUGGCUACGAAGCAGCCAGGUGAGGCGGUUCGGCACGUGCAGAGCCACCUGUACCACUGGUUUGCCAGUAGCGGAGUGCCAAGGGAGAUCAAGACAGACAAUGGUCCGGCGUACACGUCGCAGACCAUGGCCAAGUUUUUCACGACCUUUGGCAUUAAACAUGUCACCUGCAUUGCCUAUAACCCUAAUGGUCAAGCCAUCGUGGAGCAUGCCAACCGGAUGCUCAGGACCCUCUUGACCAAACAAGGGGUGGGAUGGCGGGUGGGCCAGAGGGAGCUGGACACGGCAGUCUAUACUCAUAGUUUUCUGGGUGUGGACCGAGUCUCUGGCCUCACCCCGGCUAUGCGGCAUCUGUGCGUCGCGGAUAAGUCGGGGUUGCCCUCGCGCUGGACGCAAAUGGAUGACGUGGCUCAACAGGCUAUGUGGAAGGACGCCCAAGUCUUGGGGGACAAUGUCACCACCCUUAUUACUUGGGACAAUCCCAUUCGUAACCACUCCUAUAGUGAGGCCGCCGCCCCGGUCUUGUUUGCAUCUCUGGCCGGUACCCAACAUCCCGGCCUCUGGAAAGCCUUCACUACCUUGAGGACCAUGAACGUGACGGUUCAUUCAUGUCCGUGCAAGGGGCCCUGUCAGGAUUACCCGUAUCGGGUGUGGCGGGCGGUCUUCCGAGAGGGCCUUAACAUCACCCUGGAAUCCACGCCGGAGAACUGUACUGAUUACCGGUACCAUUUCACGGGCCGUAUCUUGAUCCCAUCCCCUUAUGCUUUUUUGCAUUGUCGGCUUGGCUCGAACCGCUCGGUCGAGGGACAUGGGCAAGGGAUAGUCACAUUUCUGGUCUGGCGGCCCGGAUACCUCCUGGUUCCGGUCCGCUCGGCACACCCGUGGUUCUCUUCCCUGUCCGAGCGCAACUGGUAUCACGUGUCGCAAUGGAUCAAGCAACAGAGGCGGGAAUUGUUUGAGGCUGUUUUGGGUAUUGCCAGCCUGGCUUUCUCUGCCUUUCAGGAGUGGCAGAUCCAAAACUUGUUUGAUGGGAUAGGGUAUCUCGGCUCGCAGCUUCAGGCUUUUAUGCAUAGCACUUGUCAGGCCUUCGCGGUACAGCAGCAGCUUGAUGUCUCGCUUCAGCAAGAGGCGACUGGCUCUCCGUUAAGCGUCACUUGGAAGGCCUGUUCUUGGCGGCGAACGUUUCUUCCGAGCUACAGGAGUUGCGGCUUCUGGUCAACAAAUUGCGCGCUCAGGAGCUGAACUUCACCUUGUCCGGCUUGGCCAAGGACUCUCUUGCCACGCUCACCAGCUGGCUGUCUCGACAGGCGCCGGGGGGCCUGCCCCCUUGGCUGUGGCAUGUGGUGACUGCCGCUGGUUUGUUCCUGCUUUGUCUUCUAUGCCUCCCGUGCUUCGUUUGCCUUAUUCUUUGGUUCCUGCGCCAUGCAGUCCGGGACGUGGAGACCGAAUUGUUCGCUCUUCACAUGCGACGGCCCUGUGCGGUCCCCGCAUAAGGGAAAGGGGGAGACGUGGGGGGCCACGGAAGCACGGGGAAUGGCAAGCGGCCGAGCCAAAAAACGAGUACCUAGCAAAUAGGUCCAGGCUGAGAAAAGCAAAUCAGCCUUGGGAGGCCCCCAGGGGUAUGCAGUCACGCACGGCAUCCGAGGUCAGAGAUGUUCCCACGGUAUCCGAGGUCAGAGAUGUUUUCAUCUGGUCUCCCUCUGAUAAGGAAGUCGGGGCACAGGUGUAUGCCAAAUAAACUGGGACGUGUUCUCCUCUCUUAUUGGUGAACGCUGGUUGCCAUGCCACAUGACCCGCUUGGCUGAUAAAAAGAGAAUGCGAGGGGACAACGGGGGCCGCCCCCGCCGCUUUUGGCAUAAUGUAACGGGAACUAAUAAAGCUGCUUCAAGUUUGGU